AUGGCUCUGCUGGGACUGAAGGGGCAUUGCAGAUGCCGGUGAAAACGGUUGUCACCACCAACUCAAAAAGUCACCCAUUAAUUUGCCCCACACCAGCCCCUGGAGUGCACACAUGUGCAUACACAUAGGGGCAAAACGCCUGCACGUGUGUACACCUCCCCCAAGGGCUGAGGCCAGGAUGGGCAUCCCGCAUCAGCCAGAUGAAUAGCAGGUCUGUCCUGCCAGCUGUGUGCUCUCUCCCACCCAAGGAAAGCAGCAGAGACAGACAGCAGAGUCUGGAGGAGCCCACGCAGUCUGUUGCUGGCACCCGGUGUAUGUGAAGGGACUGAAGGGCAACAAGAUGGAAUCAGAAAGAGAAAUCAUCGACCUUCAACCUAGGAACUCCAACCCCAGGAGGAACCAACCCAUCAACCUGAACCAUUACGCCACCAAGAAGAGCGUGGCAGAGAGCAUGCUGGAUGUGGCUCUCUUCAUGUCCAAUGCCACACGACUGAAAGCGGUGCUGGAACAGGGACCAUCCUCUCAUUACUACACGGCCCUUGUCACCCUCAUCAGCAUCUCUCUGCUCCUGCAGGUGGUCAUCGGAAUCCUCCUAGUCGUCAUUGCACGGCUAAACCUGAAUGAGGUAGAGAAUCAGUGGCGACUAAACCAGCUGAACAAUGCUGCCACCACCUUGGUCUUCAUCACUGUUGUCAUCAACGUCUUCAUUACAGCCUUUGCUCAUAAGACAGGCUUCCUGGCUGCCAGGGCCUCAAGGAAUCCUCUCUGA